AAGAGCUACUGUUUUUCUCUUACAGAAUAACCUUAUAAGAAGAAUCAGAAAUACAACUUUUGGACGUUUAUAUAGUACAGCAAUGCUAUGGCUUUCUUCUAACCCUUUGGAGAUCAUCGAAGAUGGAGCAUUCAUAUCGAUGUCCUAUCUUCGAUAUAUAAAUCUGGCUGAUACUAAGUUGCAGAGGAUUGUCCCUGCCACCCUGAUGAACCAAAAUAAACAAAUCAUUCUACAGGUUUUUCGAAAUCUCGCAUCGGAAACAACUGCAUUUCUUUGUGAUAGAUGUAAAGGAUUUUAUAGCGAAAGAGGAUACAUUGUUGAAAGAAAUCCACAUGGCCAAUUUGAAUGUUUUCCGUGUCCAUACGGAACUUUCAAACAGGGAGGCUUUUGCAAUACAUGUCCAGCAGGUGGUUUCUAUCAAGAUGAGCAGGCACAAUACAAAAUACUUUCUCAUGGUAUAGGAUGUAAACAGUGUCCAGACGGAACUUUUGUGAGUCUGCAAAGUUCACCAGGAGUACAAAAAGCCGACUGUCAGAAAUGUCCAGAAGGAACCAGUCCUGAUCACCCAGCUUUGUUCAGAGCCUGUUUUUGCCGUGACGACCAUUACCGUGUACAUCGCUUUGCGGCCUGUUUCCCAUGUACACGAGGAUACAAAUGUACAAACGAGACCAUCAACCUGUUACCUGGUUUCUAUUGGAAGUGGAAUUCUACAGAAACCAAACACAUGUACCUGAACUUUUCUGCCGAGUUACAAGUCACUAGCCAAUCAUAUAACAAAAAUCUGGCUCACUAUACUCAAGGUCUUCCUAAAGCCUACGCAUGUCCUACUGCAUCGGCGUGCAAAGGUGGUAUAGACUCGGAAUGCUCUGUUGGUUACGAGGGUCCCAUGUGUGCAAUGUGCAGUAGACAUUUUUACAUGCUCGCAUCGAUAUGCCGCAAAUGCCCCACCCCACCCUGGAUAGUAACCCAGAUCAUACUUGUCAUUGUGAUUGUAGUGGGUCUGAUUGUCUUGCUGAUAAGAGACAAAAAGAAAAAGUCAAGUGGGAGAUCUCUCUCUGAUAUCAUGACAGCCAGACUUAAGAUCCUGAUUGGAUUCUACCAAGUCACUUCAGGAACAAUCUCCAGUUUCUCGUACGUCCAUUGGCCUUAUGCCAUGAUCAAGCUGGUCAGGUAUGCAGAGGUAUUCCAGAUGAAUCUUCUACAAGCAGCUCCACUUCAUUGCAUAUCAGACUCCCUCAAGACUAAUGUUCACGUCAAACUGCUUGCUGCAGUACUAUUUAAUGUUGUUGCUAUAAUGGCUGGAAUCGUAUAUUAUCAUAUCAGGGUCAGACAAAUCCCUAGCAAGAGGAGGUCUCUUCUUCAACAGCGUUGUUACCGCACGGUCUUCCUGAUCUUAUUCAUUUCGUUCCCCAUGACAUGCAGCUACAUUUUCCAGGCUCUCCCCGAGACUUGCCAGGAAGUCUGCACCUCGACAGAUGAGAAGUUCUGCAAGUCGUACUUGAAAUCUGACUACUCUGUAGAAUGUGGAAGCAAAACUUUCAAGGUCAAAAGCCUCUUCUUUUAUGUCCUUGUCGUCUAUCCUGCUGGAUUUCCAUCGCUCAUCUUCUACCUGCUUUGGAAAUAUCGCUACAAAGGAGGACAGCAUGCUUCCCGCGAGGAAAGAGUGCAUACAAAGCAUGAUGGUAUCGUGGAAGGGUUGAAAUUCGUGUACGAGAACUACGCCAGUAAUGUGUGGUUUUGGGAAAUCAUCGAACUGGUGCGCAAAGUUCUUCUGACGUCCGUCAUUCUGCUGGCUCAUGCUGAAAGUCGUACAUACCUUGGUGUAACAGCCAUAAUAUCAGGAAUAUAUGCCGUGCUGUUUGCUUACUACAAGCCAAUCACAGACACCUUUGAACACUGGCUACAGUUGACGUCACUAUUGGCUACCAUGGUGAACAUGAUCGUUGGGAUGCUACUGAAGAUCCCUAGUGACAGCCUGUCUUCAAGUGUUAAUACCCACGUUGAUGAAGCUUUUGUAACAGCGGUGCUGAUGAUUGCUAAUGUUGCUGUCAUCGCCAUCAUGGCUGUCAAUUAUAUGGUAACGUUAGUACAGACUGUGCAGGUCAUCAGGAAGAACCCACAAUGUUCUAUCUCGUGCUGUUUGUACCUCUUCCUGACCAUAAACCAAGCAGGGAGUGACGUUUCUGGGAUAGAAGGUAAUAAUGACCUGAAGAAUUACCAAGACAUGAACGUUGGUGUUGAACAACCAGAACUGGAAAUGAGCCCCGGGGGAUUUGACAUUGAGCUUGAAGACGAAGAAGAACAAGAAGAAGAAAAAGAAGGCGAGAUUGAUCGUCAAGUAACUACGGCCUAAAGCUAGAAGACCAUGUAUGAAUUCCAAGCCAAAUAGUGACAGCUAUUUAUCAUAUAUUAUCGCUUUGCUUAUCAUUCUAUUGUUUGUUUGUUUUAAGGUAAAAGCAGGGUGCGGAUCUCGGUCAUUUAUUACAAAUUUGUAAAAACGACUUUUUAAAAUCUCAACUGCCGAUUAUUUAAGGACUACAAAUUUGUUAACAUUAAUUUCUAGAUAAUGUUUUCACAAGUUGGAAAAACUUUUCCCUCUUUUCUUCCUAUAACGCAAACGGAUAUUAACUCUUACUAUUCUUGGAGUGCAAACACGUGAUCCCUUGAGAUAAAAAUAACAAUGAAACAGCCGCCAUCUUGGUUGAUCUAGCACAAGAGAAGCGUAAUGAGCAAUGCUUUAUAUAGUCAACCAACAUGGCGGCUAUGAAGUAACAUACACUCCAAGAAUAGGAAUAUGCAUGAUCCAUACAGCUUGUAAUAUAAAUUGAGAGACAGUCCAUGAACGAUAGGACUGGUUUGUGCAAGGGUAUGCGCGUAAGCUAACUCUAUUUAUCCUGCAAUGUUUAUUUUCUUUGGUAUGUUUAUUUAUGGGUGUUUAUGCUUCGCGUAGUAAAUCUACGUUGCAAGAUAGCUAGUAAUAAAAGUCAUCAUGAAUUGCUACAGACCCAAUCUCAUAGAAAAUAACGCAGACGAAAAUGAAAAAAGAUUUGAUUAUUCAACCCAAUACGGAUUCCCUGAGAAUUACUUCACGUGUGGCUGUAUAUCAAUCUCUCGUCUCUCCAAGACGCCACACAUAUGGCUAGCGGCUAAAGGGUGAACACCCAAUUGUCUCUUCUUUACUCACUCGGUCUUUGAUCUGAUCCUGAUUCAUUUCUUUCAGAGCUCCUCGAAGUUCUGUUUAAACACCUGUAAAGUACUAAAUAGCUCUGAAUUUCUCAAAACAGAUUUCAUUCAGUUUUCAGUUUGAGUGCGCCGAGUUGUAAACAUUGCACAAGAGUAUUCAUGGGACACCAAAGAUGCGCUACUAUGGUGAUACAGAGGUAUUCAACUAAU